UCCCUCGGGAGAGCAGCUCUGCGCUCUUCCUGCAUCCUCCCCCCCAUCCUCGCCCCGUCCUUGAGCUGUGGCUAUAAACACACAGAUGUAAGGACUCAGCGACGAGUUAAACCCCAGCGACAGCACUGACUAAACCCCUUGGAAGGCUCCAGCCCCGCCCCGCCCCCUUGUCGUCGCUAUUACGUGUGCGGCUGCUGUAACGGCCGUAACGGCCGCGCCGUGUGGAGCGGCACCAGAGGAUGCGGCGAAGAGCGGGAGGAAGGUGAAUGAAGGAUGCUGUGUCCCUUGCAGCGACAUGUCUGAGGUCUUCUGGAUCAGCCUUUCACUGCAAGGAUCUGCCCAGAAGAAUCACAGAGUUGUAGGGUUUGGAAGAGACCUCUAGAGAUCAUCGAGUCCAACCCCCCUGCCAAAGCAGGAUUCACUGCUGGUCUUAAAUAACACGUUCUCUGAAACACUUUGCCUUACUUGUCAGCACAGUUUUGAGAACCAAGCAUCAGAAGCAAGAGUAUCUGAAGCAAAUAAAGGAGGGAACUAAGCAUCAAGGAGUUCUAUGGAAUUCUCCAAUGAAAGCUUUUUGGAUCUCAUGAGACUUGCUGAUAACUGUGGGAAUGGAUCGUAGAUUGACAGUAACAGAAUCCCUCCAGGAUUAAGUCCGUGAGACACAGUAACAUCAUGGUGGAUGUGGGCAAGUGGCCAAUAUUUACCUUGCUGUCACCUCAAGAAAUAGCAUCUAUUCGGAAAGCAUGUGUGUUUGGUACAUCAGCCAAUGAAGCUAUAUACACAACGCACAAUGAUGAGGUGUUUGUUUUUGGACUGAAUUGCAGCAAUUGUUUGGGAACUGGAGAUAGUCAGAGCACGAUAGUACCAAAGAAACUAGAAGCCUUAUGUGGGAAGAAGAUUUCUAGUCUCAGCUAUGGAAGUGGACCACACGUUGUACUUUGCACUGAAGAUGGUGAAGUGUACGCGUGGGGACAUAAUGGCUACAGCCAGCUGGGGAAUGGCGCAACCAAUCAGGGCGUUACUCCUGUUCAAGUCUGCACAAAUCUGUUGCUAAAGAAAGUGAUUGAAGUAGCUUGUGGCUCUCACCAUUCCAUGGCGUUAUCGUUUGAUGGGGAUCUGUAUGCUUGGGGCUAUAACAACUGUGGUCAAGUUGGAUCAGGAUCUACAGCAAACCAGCCAACUCCUAGGAGGGUUUCAAACUGUUUGCAGGAUAAAAUGGUAGUUGGCAUUGCUUGUGGUCAGACCUCCUCCAUGGCUGUAGUAAACAACGGUGAGGUUUAUGGCUGGGGUUACAAUGGUAAUGGUCAGCUGGGUCUUGGAAACAAUGGCAACCAACUAACGCCAUGCAGAGUGGCAGCAUUACAUGGUGUGUGUAUACUCCAGAUUGCCUGUGGCUAUGCACACACACUAGCACUAACAGAUGAGGGUUUGCUCUAUGCCUGGGGAGCUAACACUUAUGGGCAGCUGGGAACUGGCAAUAAAAGUAACCAGCUAAGCCCGCUGCAGAUCAUGAUGGAAAAAGAAAGGGUUGUGGAGAUUGCAGCCUGCCACUCUGCUCACACUUCAGCUGCCAAGACACAGAGCGGCCAGGUGUACAUGUGGGGCCAGUGCCGUGGCCAGUCUGUGGUCCUUCCCCACCUCACUCACUUUGCCUGCACUGACGAUGUGUUUGCUUGCUUUGCUACCCCUGCUGUUAUGUGGCGUCUUCUCUCAGUAGAGCAAGAAGACUUCCUAACAGUAGCAGAGUCUCUGAAGAAGGAAUUUGACAGCCCAGAAACCUCAGACCUAAAGUUCCGAGUGGAUGGAAAGUACAUCUACGUUCACAAAGCUGUUCUAAAAAUCAGGUGUGAACACUUCAGAACCAUGUUUCAGUCCUACUGGAAUGAGGAUAUGAAGGAAGUAAUAGAAGUAGACCAGUUUUCUUACCCUGUGUAUCGUGCCUUUCUCGAGUACUUGUAUACAGACAGUGUGGACCUCCCGCCUGAAGAUGCAAUAGGGCUUUUGGACUUGGCUACUUCGUACUGUGAAAAUAGACUGAAAAAACUGUGUCAGCACAUUAUCAAGAGAGGGAUUACUGUGGAGAAUGCAUUUUCAUUGCUAUCUGCAGCUGUCAGAUAUGAUGCAGAGGACUUAGAGGAUUUCUGCUUUAAGUUUUGUGUCAACCACUUGACUGAAGUGACACAAACUACAGCAUUUUGGCAAAUGGACGGUUCCCUGCUAAAGGAAUUCAUUGCUAAAGCCAGUAAAUGUGGAGCCUUUAAGAACUGAAUUGAGGAUGUAAGUGACGGGCAUCUGUAGGAUGUUUUGCAGAUGUAACAGGUUGGUGUAACUGCGCGGGUAAAAGCGUUACCUGGUCUCCUGGAGCAGAAGUUGUGGAAGGCCACAGCAAAACAUUCUCUGUACUCAAGAUUGAACUGCUGUAAAUCUGUCAAGCGAUGUACCUGCUCGUAUUUAGCAGAUCUGGAUGGAGGGACUAGCACAAGAGCUCCAAAGGAGAAAGUAAAACUGCAACAUCCACAAGACACCAGGUGAUGCUAAGGACUUUUAGGCUAGGAAAUCCCAUUUCUAGUAUUGCCUUUUAAACGUACUGUUUGAGCCUUUUGGGGCUCAGAGCCCCUGAAUGAAGUCACUUAAAUCAUUAGCUCUCUGUGUUAUAAAGAGCCAAAGGGCACGGAUAUCUUUUAUUGCAGUUGCAUGAUGUGAAUGACAUUGCUGGUUGCUGCAUGUAAUUAACCAAGUGUAUUUGGUGCUUAGAGAAGUGUGAAAACAAUGCAUCCUCAAAGCUUGCUGAAGUAACUCUGACAAAAGUAACUCUGAAGAGAGGGGUUGCUAGCAGAUCUAGAGCUCAAUAUAAGUUGUAAUGUAUACGCUGUGUAAUCUGCUGACCUAAUAUUUAUGACAGUUAAUGGGAAGAUUUCCCCCUUUGACUUAAUUGGUUCCCUUAGUGGGAAAGGAAUACACUGUUCUGAAAGCAUUUGUUUCAUUUUUUUCCUAUUAAGUAUUGUAUAAAUUCAAACCACAUGCAAUAAAAUUCACUUUUUUAAUAUC